UUCUAGAUUUUCACUAUUUCUGUUUAAAUACACGCUGGGAGUAGCGGUUUUAUUUGUACCCUUCUUGUUUCCGUAACCUGGUUGCUAAUGACGCCACUGAAAUGCAUGCUGGGAGUCAGAGUUUUUUUCCUGUUUCCUGGUAGUUCGUGGGGGUUCUCGCCUCGGUAACUAUUUAUCCGGGUUCAUGUUACUUUGAGCAGCACGUUCCAUCUACAUCACUCACAUUGUUACUGAAGGAUAAACAUCUUAUGAAUAUUUGACAAGAGAAUGUCUGAGGAGACUCUGACCCAAACCUCAGAUCUUCCUGAUGAACACGAAGAACCUCUUAUGGAAAAGCCAGAUGCUGGGUUAUUAAAUGUGAAGGAAGAGGAUAAGGCAGAUGACAUGAAUAGGCCUCAGACUGAUCUACAUUCAGACAUCCCUGUCGGCAACGGUAACACGGAUAUAGUGAAAGUUGAAAUAACAGAAGAUAUGUGUGAGGGAAGUUACCUAGAAAGUCCAGAAGAGGAAACCAGUGACCUUAUCCGUGCAGAUGAAGAUAUUGCUGAUGUAGUGAAAUUUGAAAUAACGGAAGAUCUGUAUGUGAGGAGUCAGUUGGAAGUGCCAGAUGAGAAAACCAGUGUCAGCCGAGAACGUGUGGAUGUGGCCUCUUCAGAUGUCUCCAUGGUUGAGAAAGGAGAAGAACUGUAUGUGUGUGAUCGCUUAAAGAUUGAGGAAGAAGAAGUUCCUAUAAAUACUGCUACAGAUAGCAACUUGAGCUGGGAUGUUCCUAGUCAAGUCCAAAGUAAAGAUGCUUAUUUCAAUCACUUUGAAGUUCGCAGAAUUCAUCUGGGAAAUAAUUCAUUAUCAUCUUCUGAAUGUGGGGAAGAAUUCACCAAGGAAUCUAAUCUUAGUGCACAGAAAAAAAAUCAUACAGGAAACCAAGAAUUUUCAUGUUCUGAAUGUGGGAAAUGUUUUACCCGUCAAUCAAGUCUAAUGCUUCAUCAGAAAAUUCAUACAGGAGAAAAAGAAUUUUCAUGUUCUGAUUGUGGAAAAUGUUUUACCCAGAAAACAACUCUUGUUAGACAUCAGAAAAUUCAUACGGGAGAUAAAGCUUUUUCAUGUUCUGAAUGUGGGAAAUGUUUUAUCCAGAAAACAAGUCUUGUUAAACAUCAGAAAAUUCAUGAAGGAGAAAAGGUGUUUUCAUGUACUGUGUGUGGGAAAAGUAUUACCUGCCAAUCAAAUUAUAUAAAACAUCAGAAAAUUCAUAAUAGAGAAAAAGCAUUUUCAUGUUCUGAAUGUGGGAAAUGUUUUCAUCGGAGAACACAUCUUAGUAUGCACCAGAAAAUUCAUACAGGAGAGAAAGUAUUUUUAUGUUCUGAAUGUGGGAAAUGUUUUACUCAAAAAUCAAAUCUUAUUAGUCAUCAGAAAAUACAUAAAGGAGAGAAAUCCUAUUCAUGCUCUGAAUGUGGGAAAUGGUUUACGCAGAAAUCCAAUCUUAAUAGCCAUCAGAAAACUCAUUCAGGACAGAAAGCAUUUUCAUGUUCUGAAUGUGGGAAAUGUUUUAGCGCAAAAUCAAGUCUUCUUUGUCAUGCAACAACUCAUACGGGAGAAAAAUCUUUUUCAUGUUCUGAAUGUGGAAAAAAGUUUACCUGGAAAACCACUCUUUAUACUCACCAGAAAAUUCAUAGAGGAGAAAAAGUAUUUUUAAGUUCUUAAUGUAGAAAAACUUUUUUUUUACCAAGAAAUUAAAUUGUAUCACUAAUCAGCAACUUCAUGCAAUGAUAUGUCAGCAGUGCCAUCAAAUGUUUUUUUACAGAUUAUUAAAUUAACAAAUUAAUGGUAAAGCACAAUAAAUUUAACUAGAAACAGGUAAAUGGGAAAACCGUCCACAUGGAGUAUAAUGGACAGAAAACACUUCGUAGUUACAUUUUUUGCAGUCUUCCAAUAGUUUAACAUUUCAGAAGAAUCUGAAUGAUGUUAGGAAAUUUACACCAUGUUAGCUGCAAUUAUGUUUCAACAGUUAUACUCCACCACCUUCCUUAUUUGGAGAAUUAAAUUAAGAUAUGAGUCUGAAACAGACAGGGCUUGUUAUGUAAUUGUAUUAAAGAACCAUUAAUUACAGUAGAAUUGUAUAAUCAACAAGGCCAUAAUAAUAGCACUUAUAUUUAUGACAAAUUUCAAAAUUUACUUAAAUUUGCUGGCUCCCUGUAUCGUGACAGACUCCUACGUAUGCUCUGUGAACUCUUCUACACAGGUGCCUCAGACAACACACAAUUUAAUAAUGGAAGUAUAUUGGAAAGUCUCUUAAAACGUUAUGAUCUCUCUGAAUCAUGACAUUUUGACUUUACUGUCUCUUUAACAAAAUCAACAUUGUUUGGCUUCAGCAGAAAUUAUAAAAUAACAAACAGUAAAUUAGGUAUAUAUCUGCAGAGUUUGACUUGUAAAAACCCUCAAUGUGUAUUGCAGUUGUAAGUUGUUUUACUAUGUAUAAUUAAAGGGAUAGUAAACGCCAAAAAUGUUAUUGUUUAAAAAUAUAGAUAAAUCCCUUUUAUUUACCAUUCUGCAGUUUUGCAUGACCAACACUGUUAUAUUAAUAUACUUUUUACCGCUGUGAUUACCUUGUAUCUAAGCUUCUGCUCACAGCCUCCUUAUCUCAGAUCUUUUGACAGACUUGCAUUUCAAGCAAUUCUCUUUAAUACCUUCAUGUGCGUGAGCACAAUGUUAUCUAUAUUAAACACAUGAACUAACAACCUCUAACUGUGAAAAACUGUCAAAUGUAUUCAGAUAAGAGGCGGCCUUCAAGGGUUUAGAAAUUAGCAUAUGAGCCUAUCUAGGUUUAGCUUUUAACUAAGAAUAACAAGAGUACUAAGCACAUUUUUAUUGAAUCAAACAUCAUUCGAAUUUUAAAAUCAUUGUCUAAAAUAUUACAUGUCAUGAGCGAUGCUCAAAACUGUCACACUUGAGAGGCUGUGUUUCUGUUCCAAAGCACAGAUUUUUUUUCUCCCGCCAUUAAAAAAAGAAAUACAAUUGGAAGAACUCUCCAAUUAUAGGUAGGGUUAAGGCCAGAGAAUAUCAUACAUCUUUGUUUGAGGUGAUCAGAUACAGAGUUUCUAUAGCGCUAAUGGAUUCAGACAUACUAAAUGUUUAAAUAUCAACAAUAGUAGCUACAAUUUAUGAUGAAAACCAGAUUUUUUAUUGAUUAUCUUUGACUUAAGGCAAAAAUUUUUGGCUCUUGAUUCUCCUACGGUCAAGUAAUGUCUUUAUUGUUGAUUGUGGGCAAAUAAGACUGAUUGUAUAUACUGCUGUGUUUUACUGAAUAAAUUUAUUUUCUUUAGAGUA